AUGCCCCGCACCUUUCCGCCUGUAGAGGUCAACGAUGAUACUCAAACGAAGCCGCCCAGUCUUGCUCUACCACGAACGACGUUAUCCGCCUCGCUGAUCGAAAGUGUCGCAGGCUUUAGCGCUGGUGUCGUCUCAUGUCUGGCUGCACAUCCUCUCGAUCUGCUCAAGAACCGCUUACAGCUCAACACCAAGAGUCGCUCACGGCCAGGUGACUCCUUUCGCAUCUUGCGCAAUGUCAUUCGCGAUGAGGGAGGCGCAAGAGCGCUCUACCGCGGACUAUGGCCGAAUUUACUGGGCAACAGCUUGGGCUGGGGCUUAUACUUCUUGUUCUAUGGCAAUUUGAAGGACAUGUUCCAGCAGAGGAGGGGGCACGGGCAGAUGCUGGGGAGUGCUGAAUUCUUCUCUGCUAGUAUCAUCGCUGGUCUUCUUACAGGCGCUUGUACAAACCCCAUUUGGGUUGUGAAAACGCGCAUGCUUGAGCGCGGUGCAAACCAUCCCUCUGCGUAUAGGUCCAUGUCUUACGGCCUACGUCACGUCUAUGAAACCCGCGGGAUGAAGGGCUUAUGGGCUGGAUUUAUCCCGUCUACGCUCGGAGUAUUGCACGGUGCAGUACAGUUCAGCAUUUACGAGAAUAUGAAGAGGCAUCGUGGGAUACAGGUCGGUGGGCAAGAUAAACUGAGUAACUGGGAGUAUGUGUAUAUGAGCGGUGGGAGCAAGCUGCUUGCGGGUGCCAUCACGUAUCCAUAUCAGCCUAUCAGGGCGCGACUGCAGCAGUAUGAUGCAACUAAACAGUAUAGCGGGCUGUGGGACGUGCUGAGGAAGACGUAUAAGAAUGAGGGUGUUCUGGCGUUCUAUAAGGGUGUUAUUCCCAAUACUCUUCGAGUCAUUCCGACAACCAUUGUCACGUUCCUCGUAUAUGAGAACACGAAGUUGUAUCUGCCCAAGCUCUUCCAGGACGAUGAGCACUUGAUUCACGAAGAAGACUAG